AUGGGCGGAGAAGCAAAUCGCAUCAUGUCCGGCUCCCAGGACUACCCGCAGCUGGCGGCUAGACCCGUCGGCAAGCAGAUCCACCGCAUCUACCAGGACCGCUUGAAGCAGUUCGUCGACGGUGGACAGUACAGAGAACAGGGUCUUAUUGGCAAGCUCAACGAAGCCCGCGCAUCCGGUUCCGACUACAUCAAGCUCUCCGUCUACUCACCACCGAACCUCUCUCGCCCGCUCUUCAAAGAUGCGACCUCCCACGCUUUCCACCCGACCAAAGUCGGCGAAUCCUUCGGUCCCAGCUGGUCAACGCACUGGUUCAAGGUCCAGCUCACCGUCCCCAAGGAUCUACUUGACAAGGAGCAUCUCGAAUUCGUAUGGGACGCAAAUAACGAGGGUCUGAUCUGGACAGAAGAUGGGCAUACUGUGCAUGGCUUGACCGGGGGUGGUGAGAGGACACAAUGGAUACUGCCCAAGGCCUUCAGAGAUGGGAAGGAGCACACUUUCUACAUUGAGAUGGCAUGCAAUGGCAUGUUCGGCAACGCGCCAGGCGGAGACUCGAUUCAGCCACCAGACCCGGAUAAGUACUACCAACUGCACACUGCCGAGAUUGUAGCUGUCAAUCUGGAAGCAAGGGGGUUGUACUUUGAUUUCUGGGAGAUAUCAGACGCCGCCCGCGAGUUUCCCGAAGACUCAACCGAAGCCCACGACGCCCAACAGGUCGCCAAUCGCAUCAUCGACACUUUCAUUGCUGGCAAUGGAAACAAGGAGAGCAUCGUUGCAGCGCGCAAGAUUGCCCGUGACUAUGUCGGAGAAGUAGACUCGCACAAAGUCUAUGAUAGCGACAAGGAAGCCAUUGUGACUGGUAUUGGCUACUGUCACAUCGACACCUGUUGGCUAUGGCCUUUUGCAGAGACGAAGCGCAAGGUCAAUCGGUCAUGGUCAAGCCAGUGCGAUCUUAUCGAGCGAUACCCAGAGCUUCGUUUCUGUUGCUCUCAAGCACAACAGUACAAGUGGCUGGAGCAAUACUAUCCGUCUACCUUUGACCGCGUUAAGAAGAAGGUCAAGGAAGGCAGCUUCCAGCCCAUCGGCGGCAGUUGGGUCGAGCAUGACACGAAUCUCCCUGGCGGAGAGUCUUUGAUCAGACAAUUUCUGUAUGGGCAACGCUACUUCGAGAGCAAGUUCGGCCAGCGAUGUCGCACCUUCUGGCUCCCAGACACAUUCGGUUACUCUACCCAGCUACCGCAGGUCUGCCGUAUAUCAGGUAUGACAAGAUUCUUGACCCAGAAAUUGAGCUGGAACAACAUCAACAAUUUCCCUCAUACCACAUUCAACUGGGUUGCGCUCGACAACAGCCAAGUCAUAUGCCAUAUGCCGCCGUCGGAAACAUAUACCGCCGAAGCAAACUUUGGUGAUGUCCGUAGGAGUGUCACACAGCACAAGUCUCUUGAUCAAGACAAGUCAUCACUUCUAGUCUUUGGAAAGGGUGAUGGAGGAGGCGGUCCAACCUGGCAGCACCUCGAAAAACUGAGACGGUGUCGCGGCAUUAGUGACAAGACGGGGCUGCUACCUCGUAUCAAGCUCGGUGAUUCAGCUGAUGACUUCUUUGACCGACUGGAAAAGAAGAUCGAGAAUGGUACCGAGUUGGUGACUUGGUACGGUGAGCUUUACUUUGAGCUGCACCGCGGCACAUACACAACGCAAUCGAACAACAAACGCAAUAACCGCAUGUCUGAGAUCAUGCUCCGGGACAUCGAGUACCUUGCGACACUAGCCACGAUCAAAAAUGGGUUUGGGAAGAAGAGCUCGUACAAAUAUCCCAAGAAGGAUAUUGACGACAUGUGGGAAAAUGUGCUGUUGUGUCAAUUCCAUGACUGCUUGCCCGGAAGCUCCAUCGAGAUGUGCUAUGAUGAUUCGGAUCAGAUCUACGCUGAAGUCUUCGCUACGGGAGAGAGACUAUUGUCUGAAGCGUUGUCUGAACUAGGUCUCGAUGAUGGAUUCAACUUGACUGCCGACAGCAAGCUUGUUGCGCUGAAUACUCUGCCAUGGCAGCGUAGUGAGAUUGUCAAGCUGCCUAGUACUGCAAGCCAGACAACCUAUGGUCUCGCCCACGGCAAGGGGUUGGGAGCCAUGGAAGUGCGCACUCUCGCCUCACCAUACUCCGCAAGCAUAGCAUCGGUUAAGGAAAUCCGGCCCAACGUCUUUGAGCUGCGCAACACCCAAUUCAUUGUUGAAGUCUCCAACGGCGCCAUCACCUCCCUCUACGAUAUCUCCGCCGACCGUGAACUCAUCAUCAAAGGCCAAAAGGCCGCCCAACUAGUCAUCUACGACGACAAACCCCUCUAUUGGCAAGCCUGGGACGUCGAGGUGUUCCACCUCAACUCCCGCCAGGAACUUGCUCCAUCCAAAGUGACCAUCUCAGAAGACAGCAUCCACCGCGUGUCUCUCUCGAUCGAAACCAAGAUCUCGGAUAAAUCUUGGAUCAAGACCACCAUAUCGCUACCCGCAGCUAUUGGCAGUGCACCAACAGCGAUAGAGAUUGAUGCCGAAAUUGAAUGGCACGAAACUAUGAAGUUCCUCAAGGUCGAGUUCCCCGUCGACAUUGUGAACACAGAAGCGAGCUACGAAACGCAAUUCGGCAUCGUGCGCCGGCCCACACACUACAACACAACAUGGGACAUGGCCAAAUUCGAAGUCUGCGUGCAUAAAUGGGCGGAUCUUUCCGAAGCAACGUACGGCGUGUCCAUCCUAAACGACAGCAAGUACGGCUUCGCAGUCGCAGGAAACGUGAUGCGUCUCUCGCUUCUCCGCGCGCCCAAGGCCCCAGACGCACACGCAGAUAUGGGCAGCCACAAGACGCGCUACGCCAUCUUCCCUCACAAGGGCCCGCUGAACGAAGCUACCGUCCGCAAGGCUUUCGAAUUCAAUAACCCGCUUAGGAUUGUGGGCCAUAAGAAGUCUUCCUCCUCCUCAGUAGUGUCUUCAUCAGCCCCCUCGCUACUCAACUCUUUCGACAUCCACGGCGCACCAAAUCUUAUCCUCGACACUAUCAAGCGUGGCGAAGACGACGAAGACGUAUCGCGUGGCGAUCUUCCAGUUAAGAAGGGACAUAGUGUUAUCCUAAGGAUCUACGAUGCGCUAGGCGGGAAGAGUAAAGGUGUGCUUACGUGGGGUGAUAUCCCAGUGAAGAAGGUAGUAAAGGUCAAUGCGCUCGAGGACGAGCUCGAAGAUGCCAGUAACCAGUUUGUGACGAUGGAGAGUGGACUGAAGGGCGUGAAGAUUGAGGUGAGAGCGUUUGAGAUUGCGACGUUCAAGCUUGUGUUGGCGUGA